AUGUCUUUCGGUCCGCUUCCCUCCCAACUGUGUCUGCUCUCCUCCCUGUCCCAAAAAGAUAUUGGUGAUAAAGUGAGGUUCCUGGGAUGUGUAACAUCCUAUUCCACCGAGUCUGGCGUUUUGACCUUGCAAUACAGAGGGUCUGAGGACAGACAACUCACUUUCGCCUCGGUCGAUGUCAACCUCGUUCUGCAGAGUCUCAAGGCGGAACAAACACGCGUUGGCGAAUGGGUGAAUGUCAUCGGAUAUGUCACCUCGACCGACAGCAAAAAGCUAGGCGACACGAAUCCGGUGGUUGAGGUCCAAGCAACACUUCUUUGGUCGGCUGGUCCCCUCAACCUGGAAAAAUACGAAGCGUCUGUACAGGCAUUGGACGGUGAGGAGAGUUGA